AUGACGACCCUCAAAGAUCAGUUUCCCAAGGUCUUCAAAAAUGAGAUGGGACUAUCUAACAAAACUCCAGCCAAACUGGUCCUCAGGGGGAAGUCCCAAGCCGGUCUUCGGACCAAAACGGCCGGUGGCUUACUCUUUGGCGCGUCUUGUGGAGGACGGGCUGUGCGUCUGAAAAACCGUGGCAUCCAUCCUGAGAAAGGUGGAUUUCAGCGAGUACAGAAGCCAAAUGGAACCGUCCGUAUAUGUGCCGACUUCUCGACUGGUCUCAACAGUAUCCUUGAGCCGAACCAGUUUCCAUUACCGCUACCCGAGGAUAUUCUCGCGAAGAUGGCCAACUGUCAGGAUUUUAGUCACAUUGAUUUAUCUACCCUGCCAACCGAUACUCGCUAUAAACACCCAUAA